GAAGCAGAAAGCCGUUUGAGGUUCAGCCUGUGGUUUACACCAGGUUUGACACAGAAGGCGUGGCCUCGUUUAACUCUAGUCACGUGACGAAGGACUUCCAGGCGGCGGCAGAUUCGUUUGUUUGUUGUUAGCAAAGAGCAGCUAACUAGGCUAAGAACGAGGUAAUAAAAAAAGCGGAUUUGGCUGGAAACGAGAAUGGAUUCUGAAGAUACUGAUCCUGGUGCCGCGGGCGAUCAUCUCCCAUCAUCCAUUUCUCCCAUGCAUUUACUAAGGAUGAAAGAUAUAAUGGCCAACCAGUGCUUUGACAUGAAUAUUAAAGUCAAUAUGGCAGACAAAUUUCAGUCUUCUGAAACACUGGAUGCCGAAGCAGUUCUGUCCAAAUAUGAAAAAGAAAUAGCGCAGGCAAGAACUUCACAUUUCAACAAAACACUGGCCCUACACAGGAUGCAGGUUUGGAACGUCAUCAUUGAGAAACUGAUACAGGAUGGUGCUGGAGCAGCGUCAUUGAAGGCAGUUGUUGAUGAAAAUGCAGACCUCUGUGAAAAGGCAAUGAAGAUUAUAAAGGAAACGCGAGAACUUCAGGACCAAAUCACAGAUAUUCAAAAAGAGAGACUCGAGAUAAAAGGUCUCAUUAAGAACAAGAUGAAGGAGAUUAAUGAGCUGAAACAGAUGGGGGAGAAUCAGGGCGAGACACAGAAGCGGGCCCUGAAAAGAGCAGAGGAAAUCCUGCAGAAGUACAAAAAGAUUGCCACCAUUUCCCAAAACGUCCUUCGAGGAAUCAUCCUUGCGAGCAGGGUAAACUGGAUCGAUGAUCCUAAACUGAGAGACAUAGCAAUGGGACUGGAGAGCAUCCCUAACUGACCAGGACGCAUUUUAUAAACAAUUUAUGCAAUGACAUACUGCAUACGGUAUGUUUUAUGUAAUAUAGACACUGUAGAUAUUUUUUAAUACAGUUCUGAUGUCUUGUAAAAUGAGUAAAAAAAAUAGUCUGCUUAGGUAACCAUGUUUUCUUACUGCUACACACUGCCUGAAAGACCAUGUGAAAGUUUAUAUGCCACAUUUAACAAGAUAUAUCCAAGUCCACAUGUAUGAGUACAGUAUGCUGGUGUGGCACUAUAAGUGAAGAAUAUUAUAAACAUGAACAUUACUGUGGAAAUUUCCCUUUAAUAAAUAUAUGCAUUUGCUUUA